UUAUGUAUCAGUCCCUUUUUAUUUACACUCCCACAAUGCCUUUCUUAUAGUUGGUCUCGAGAGGACGAAAAGGAGAGGGAUCGCUGUUGAUCCGCAGAUGUCUUGGAUCAUUUGCAGAAGAAAAUGCACGAAUUGUCUUCGGCCUUGUUAAAGGUCAGCGCAGCGUCGCCCGGUGCUUGCCAUUCCCAGCCCGGCGUUAAACGUGAGCUCUACUCUGCUGUUCCGUCUCUUUUCUCACUCUGGUGCUAAUCGUUUCACGUACGAUCCUCGGUGUGUCUACUCAAAAGUAAACCAUGGCUGCUUCCAUCGUGGUCCGACGCUACCAGGGUUGGCACCACUGGACCCCACUGAAGUUGCAGACUGGAUAUCUGAGAGAAGCUUUCAAUAUACAGAUGGGCUCUGCAGCCAUGUAUCCUCUUAAGAAGAAAGAAACAAAACUGUUGAGGAGACAACUCCCAUGCGGCAACAGCCACGUGACCAAGAGAACUCUGCAUGCCACACCACUUUGCUUCCAGGAAGUGAUGCUCACUAGUGAACGAUAUGAGGUGCAGAGGCUCCCCUUUGCCCAUGUUUCUGAUCGAGAUUUGUCAUUCUUUGAGUGCCUUAUGCCUGGCGGAGUCAUCACUGAUGAAGAUGAGUUGAAACCCUUCAAUGUGGACUGGCUGAAGACUGUGAGAGGAUACAGUAAAGUGUUGCUGAAGCCACGGACAACAGUGGAAGUAUCUGAGGUUCUCAGGUACUGCAAUGAGAGGAACUUGGCUGUGAACCCUCAAGGGGGUAACACUGGCCUCGUUGGGGGCAGCGUCCCUGUCUUUGAUGAGAUCAUUCUCUCCACAGCUCUUAUGAACAAGAUCAUCAGCUUCGACAGUGUUUCUGGGAUCUUGGUUUGCCAGGCUGGCUGCAUCUUAGAAAACCUCAACCACUAUCUGGAGCAGCAGGACUUCAUCAUGCCUCUUGAUUUAGCAGCAAAGGGCAGUUGCCAUAUUGGUGGCAAUGUGGCAACAAAUGCUGGUGGAUUGCGACUCCUGAGGUAUGGCUCUCUCCGAGGGACAGUCCUGGGUUUAGAAGCGGUGUUGGCUGAUGGCUCCAUUCUGAACUGCUUGGCAUCUCUGCGGAAGGACAAUACUGGCUAUGACUUGAAGCAGCUUUUCAUUGGAUCAGAGGGGACCUUGGGAAUUGUUACGGCUGUGUCAAUCCUCUGUCCACAGAAACCCAAAGCUGUGAAUCUGGCAUUUCUUGGUUGUCCAAGUUUUUCUCAGGUCCUGAGAACCUUCACUACCUGCAAGGGGAUGUUAGGAGAGAUCCUAUCUGCAUAUGAGUUCAUGGACAAUGAGUGCAUGGAGCUAGUUAAAAGACAUCUCAAACUGGUCAACCCAGUGGCAGAAAGUCCAUUUUAUGUCUUAAUUGAGACUUCAGGUUCUAAUUCUGCCCAUGAUGAAGAAAAACUGAGCAACUUCCUGGAACAUGUCAUGGCCACCAACUUGGUGGCAGAUGGAACUUUGGCUUCAGAAGACAAAAAAAUAAAGAUGCUGUGGGCUUUAAGGGAGCGGAUCACAGAGGCCCUAGCAUGUGAUGGAUAUAUUUACAAAUAUGACAUUUCCCUUCCUGUGGAUAAACUUUAUGAUCUGGUGACUGACUUGAGGGCACGGCUGGGCAGAAGUGCCAGGAGUGUUGUGGGCUAUGGCCAUCUUGGAGAUGGAAACUUGCACCUGAACAUCACAGCAGAGUCUUAUAGUCAUUCACUGCAGGAAGCCAUUGAACCCUAUGUGUACGAGUGGACAUCCCAGUAUUGUGGAAGUAUCAGCGCGGAACAUGGGCUGGGUUUCAAGAAGAAGCAUUAUAUCCACUACAGUAAGCCACGGGAGGCUAUCCUUCUCAUGCAGCAGUUCAAGGCCAUGCUGGACCCCAAAGGCAUUCUAAACCCUUACAAGACAUUACCAGUCAAGGCUGAAUGAUGCUGCCUGCAGGGAAAGAAUCUGCAAUCUUUUGAUGGAUGUUUUCUAGUACUGCACUUGUCCCUAGCCGUGAACAAAAUGUGAAGUCACAAUCUGAACUGCAGGUGUGCAUUUCAUUUGCCUGAGCAAAGGAAUUGCUGCACUCCUAAUCUUGCCUGCCAGAUCGGAAGUUCUGGACAGACUGGGAAGCAUCAGCCACUUGAUUUUCAAAGCUUGGCAUUUCUCUUUGUUCCUAAGGUUUUGUUCUUAUAGAUGCAACUAUUAAAGUGCUGUGGAGCUCCAUGGGAUGGUCCAAAGAGUUGAGCAGGGAUCAUUUAGAUGAGAAAGUCCCCAUCAUUUGCAUACUGCAUAGCAUAUACAACAGAGGUGUUAAACAUGCGACCCAUGGGUUGGAUCAGGCUCUUGGAGGGCUCCUAUCCAGCCCGCAAGGAACUGGCUGUCUCCUGCUUCUUUCUCCAGUUCUGCU